AUGCGGUCUACACCGGGAGCCGAACCCCGCAUCUGUUUGAGAACACUUUGCAUCUCCUCCAGGACAAUUGGCUUCACCAAGUCAUCAUUAGCUGGAAGGAAUCGACGCGGUGCGCGCUCAUCAUUAGCAGAAGGUCUGGAGAGGACAUUCUUCCAAUAUUCCGUGAAACCUGGAAUGUUCUCGUCCUCAUUAAGAAAGGCAGUGCGCCAUCUUCCGUCAAUCACCGUACUUGCAGCGUCUUUCCGGCGG